GGCAGUCGAUAUGGAGUUUGCCAAAAACAUGUAUGAGUUGCACAAGAAGGUGUCUCCUAGUGAGAUCAUCUUGGGCUGGUAUGCAACAGGUCACGACAUCACGGAACAUUCUGUGCUGAUCCAUGAGUAUUACAGCCGGGAAGCGCACAAUCCAAUCCACCUCACUGUGGACACGAGUCUCCAGAAUUCACGCAUGAGCAUUAAAGCCUACGUCAGUGCCCCAAUGGGAGUCCCUGGUAAAACUAUGGGCGUGAUGUUCACACCUCUAACAGUGAAAUAUGUUUAUUAUGAUACAGAGCGGAUAGGAGUGGAUCUUAUCAUGAAGACUUGUUUUAGCCCUAAUCGAGUGAUUGGCUUGUCCAGUGACUUACAGCAGGUGGGGUCAGCGUCAGCCAGGAUUCAGGAUACCCUGACCAUGGUGCUGCAGUAUGCAGAGGAUGUAUUGUCUGGCAAAGUGGCUGCUGACAACACUGUUGGGCGUUUCCUGAUGGAUCUUAUUAACCAGGUGCCAAAGAUUUCACCAGAGGACUUUGAGACAAUGUUGAACAGCAAUAUCAAUGACCUACUGAUGGUAACCUACUUGGCAAACCUCACACAGUCACAGAUUGCUCUCAACGAAAAACUUCUGAGUUUAUAAAGAAACUUCUUCCACCCUACGCUUCAAAGAGCCUGAAGAAUGAGCAGAUACACUUUUCUAUGGUGGUGUUACCAAUUUCCUUGGACCGUAAUUUAAUUACCUAGGUGACUUGGUUUACAUCUUUAUUUCCAUUGCCCUGAAAAACCCCUAACAUGGUUUAGGAAAUGAAUGGGAACGGCUGCAGUUUAGUUGAGCCAAUAUGUUAAAAUGGAAUACGUGAAUCUUUUGUCUCCUGGGUUUACCUACUUGUAUAACAAAAUACAGCUUUAUUGUAAGAAUUUAUUUGAAAUAAAAGUUCCAUUGCAAUGGCAAGAAUGGCUUCUGUCCAGAGAAAACUGUUCUCACACUUACUGUAUAAUGAAUCCACUGUUGAAAGAAAGGGGGAUAACAUGGCAUCAGAAAAGAAAACUAGAGUGGAUGCAACUCAACUCCAAUUCUGCAGACUUCUUUGCAGGUUUUUUUCCCAACUGUUAAAGCACACUGAAAGCGUGGCUUCUUGUGGUGCACAUAAUAUGCUUUUCCAUGGAGGACUACAGAAUGGUCACUGGUUUAUUAGUGGUGCUGUGUAUAUGCCCUUCUUCAGCAGGGUACUUGACAGAGUGAAUUCAGUUUACAUUAUGGUAUCAUUUCUAUGCAUAUCUGAUGCUUUGGGAAAGGAAAUCAAGGUCAAGAGCAUUAACCCCUCAUAAAGUGGGGGGUUCAGAGAAUUAAACUAGCAACUGAGUUCAUGGUUAAAAGGGCUUGAAAAGCAUUUGUGGCUGAACAAGUGUGGCUACUGGAGUUUCCAUCUUUGCAAAAGAAGAAAAGCACAGCAAAACUAUACUUAAUGAAGUUUUGAGGUUAAAAGUUGGGUGUCAUCAAAUAGCAGCAUCACUGCUGCUAAAAUUAUGUGAACAGAAACUUCCCAUUUUCUCCCCAAAACCUAUUUCACAUUAAAUGAGUUCUAGCUGAAAGCAAGCCAAUACCAAUCUGAGCUGUAACUUUUUACAGUCUCGGCUAAUAACAUUACCUUUAGAAGUCUGUUCAGCGGUACUGAGGAGGUUUUGCCUAAUAGAGUAAAACUGUCCCUCUUCUACAACAUAACUGUUCCCACCUAAUUACUAAUGACUAUUUCUGAUGCCUCACAUUUGUUUUGGUAAAUGAAUGUGAAAUGUUAGAGAAGCCUGCAAAGCCAAUGUUCCCCAGAAUAAUUUUUGUGCUAAUUUGCCAGAUAAAUCCAAGAAUGGGACUCGGGUUACAAAUCUGUAGAUCCUGUACUGGUUGUUCCAAUCUGGAGAAUUCCCCCACUGACUCAGUGCUAAAUUCCAAGUUCUAAUUGCAAGGACAAGGUACAUGAAAACUGAAGGUGUAGCAAAGAUUCUAAUCUCUCUGAAAAUGUUAUUUGUGAGCAUUAAAUAAGUGUUAAAACUCGGCUCUUGUUUUUUAUUAGUCUGAAUAAAAAUGUUUUGUUUUCCCUUCUCUUCUUUAAACUUAAUAUUCGUAACCAGCCAUUUAACUAUUUCACAGAUUUUCAGGUCGGGGUGUUUAUUAAAGUAAGCCUUGAAAUAGGUGGAGGAAAAGAGCAAGCAGCAAAGCUGGGUAAGUCAGUCUCUCAAUUACUGCAAAAAAGUUGCAGGGGAGGAAAAGCAUCAUAGUCUUUCCCUGAUCUCUCCUCUGCAGUAAACUCUUGCCAUUCCCUGUUGGGAAAACUGAUAAAAUGUAAGAAGAAAGGUUUUAAAUGCUCUACAAGUUGAAUAGCUACGCUAUUUAAUAAGCUGCUAUGCACAAAAUGCCAAGUUCUGAGAAGAAAGAUCAGUUUGUGAUCAUUGAUACAGAAAACGUAUUGCGGAAUUUGCCAGUCAGGUACUUACAAGUACCUGAAGACUAAUGAUGAUAUGUCAUUAAGGGACUGAGGUUAUGUCUUCCUAGGCAGAAAGAUUCACUGCAAAGUAGAGGUGUCGGAAGAGCCCACAAUCCAUAGAUUCUGUUGUAUGCCAGGCAGCACAGUGACAAAUGCUUGGAAUUGGAGUAGGAAAAAAAAAAGUUGCCCUUUUAAAAACUCUGUAUCUGAUCCCAUCCAUUGUGUCCCUUUUUACUGGGUAAAUGGCACAUUGUGAGCCUUACUUUGACUCAGGAAUUUUGAAUGCCUGAUUUCAAAUUUCAGUGGCCACUCUUACGAAGGACAAUAUUGCAAACACAAAUGUAAUGCAUCAUUUUGCUUAAUUGUAUUGUACGUAUUUGCUGUGUUAUUACCUAGGAGACUGAGGCAUUCCUUCUCUGGAGUUUGAAAAUCUAGACAGGAAUUCCUAAAGGUAUUUUCAAAUUGUUCCACUUUACGGAAAUCUAAAAACAUGAAGUUCAAUAGAAAAUGUGGUGGGAAAAGCUUGGGAGUCAAGAAACAUCACCAAGGAUUUCAAGCUUUAACUUGCUAUUGAUUUGUAAACCACAAACUUCUUGGAUUUAUUAGGGGACUUUUUCCUUUUUUUUGUUUGUUUAGGAUGCAUUGCUCUAACUAACUUUGGCAAAGUCUAGCUUUAAAUAGUCAAGACAUAGUUCUCUGGGUAUGCUUCUAUAUACACCGCUUAUUAUAUUUAGUCAUAUUAGUGCCACCACUAAUGUAAUAAAAAAACUUUUCUAACCU